AUCGAUCGAUCGGCGUUUCGCGCCAAACGCCAACAUAACGCCGUUUGCUGCUUCCAAGCGCCGACAUAAUGUUGCAAAGCUUAGGAAAUACUAAUAUCAUAUGCGCACAAUAACUACACACUAUGCGGGCCGGGAAAACGUCCGAUUGUUUUCGAGCUGGCUUGUCGCGUCAUUUUCAAGCUUGGUCUGUCUUCCUGAUACUUUCAUCCUUGAAAGCAUAUUCUGCUGCCUGGUCGGGGCCUAACGUACAGAGGGUGCUCGCAGCGUUGCGCGCUCAUGCGGCCGGCCCUGCUUGCCACGCGCUGUUCAAAGACGGCCUAAAUGUUGCUCGUUUAACAGAUAUCCAGCACUACCACAUGUUCGGAUACUUCGACAAGUCGCCAUGGAGCCCCGACGGACGGCUCUUCCUGGCACACCGCAUCCCAACCUUCAACACGUCGCUUACCCCCGGCGACGGCAUGCAACUCAUUCUGUUGGAUUGGGAGAAAGCUUGCCGUACGGGCCAGCCCGAGAAGCACUGGCGCUGGCUGACUAACAGCAUGGCAUGGAACCACCAGCAGGGCGCGAUGGCGCAGUGGCUGGGGCCGAGAUCCGACGCCGUGAUCUUCAACGACCGUGGCGCGGGCUGCCGUACACCAUCAGCGGCGGCGGCGGCGGGGAUGCCGGAUGAGGACACCACGUGCUCGGUGGUGGUUGACGUGGCGACUGGCAACCGUACGGCGGUGUACGGCAUGCCCAUCUACUCCAUAAACUACGAGGGUAGCCUCGGUCUUGCCAUCAACCAGACCGCCAUGUUCCGGGUGCUCCGGGGCUUCGGUUACGUUACGCCCCACCCCGUGCCGCCCUCCCGGCUGCUCCCCUGCAGCGCCACAGAUGGUAUCUGGCUGCUCAACCUCACCGCCAGCGGCAGUGGCGGCAGCGAGCGGCUGGAGACGCUGUCACAGACGCCGCCUCCACCGCGGCUGCUCGUGAGCCUGCGGCGGGCGUGGGAGGCGGGCGUGGCGGUGGGGCGUACGGAUGCCGUGACGGGGCAGCGGCACAAUGAUGUCGUGGAGGCGGGAGAGGUGGAAACUAUCCUGAACGAGUGCAACCACUGGAUCAACACGCCUCAAUUCAGUAAGGAGGGCGAGUAUGUGGCGUUCAUAUACCGCUUCGGAGCCUGCAGGGGCAAGCCACGGCCCUGGUUCUGGCGGUCGUUCCAGUUCCUGUACCACAUGCGUACGGGCGAGCUAUGGCGCGUGCCGCUGGUGCACGUGUCGCACCAGGACUGGGGUUGGGGCGGCUCCUUCCUGGUGUCUGACAACUCAGGGUAUUGGCAGGUGCGUUGGAAGCAGCCGGUUCUGCGGUGGGAGCCGGCUCAGCCGCGGCCGUGGGUGGGAGGCUUUGGCGUCCCCCAUCACCACCGCCAGCAGCAGCAGGAGGCUGUGACGGACGCGGCGGCAGGACCCCAGGAGCGGUUGGGAGACGGCCACGCCAGUUACGGCCCCGGCGCUGGCCUGCGGUUCGUGCUGUCAGACACGUACCCGCACAAGUCGGGCCGCACGCUAUUCGUCACCGACACACAUUUCAACACCUCCGAGCUGCUGGGCCGCUUCGAGCGCUUCAACGAGGGCAGCGCCAUCGGCGACCACCGAGUGGACCUGCACCCCAGGUGGGAUCGCACCGGCCGGCACGUGUGCUUCGACUCCACGCAUGAGGGAAGCCGCCAGGUGUACGUGGCACGGACCGCCUCCGUGCCCCGGCUCGCCAACCAUCCCGGCGCGCUACUGCCGCACAGCGGCGGUCAUGCGGCAGUAGCAGCAGCAGCAGCAGCAGCAGCAGCAGUACCUGAUGCGGAUACAGCACGAGCAGGCGAUAGCGGGGGUGGAAGCCGCGGCGGCGGGGUGGUGUCGUCUCGGCGGGUGGUGGUGUUCGGGGCGCGACAGGACGGAUUCGUGGGUGGGCUGGUCUCUGCGCUGGAGGAGCAGGCUUUGGCGCACUACACGCGACUCCACGUCAUCGACCACCGCGCGCACGUGUCCGCACGUCUGUCAGACGCCGCCGCCAUUGCAGGAGCGGCGGCGGCUUCCCACGGCAGCAGUAAGGAGUCAAGCGGCAGCGGCAGGGGUCUGGUCGCCCUGCAGCACAUUCGCGCCCUGCCCUGGGUUGGUGACGACCCAGCCCUGGACCUUUGCAGCGUGCAGGGGCUGGGGCAAGGGGCGCAGGCGACGGAGCCGUUGGCAGCCGGCGGCCGCAGGCGCCGGCGCCGCAGCCGGUCACUGCAGGCGGCCGGCGUGGGGAGAGGCAGCGCGCGCCGCAGCGGUGGUGGCGGCGACGGCUAUGAUGGUGCCGCUGAUGGCGGCGGAUUAGGCCCGCUCGCAUACAGGGCUGCGUCAUCGCUGGUCGCGGGCGUGGACCGGCGGCAGCGACGGCGGCUGCUCGUUGGUGGCGGCGGCGGCGGAGGCGGCCUUGCGGAGGCGUGCAGGGCCGGGCCGGUGCUGGUGCAGGCAAUGAAUGCGGGGGCGUGGCUGUCCGCAAGGUCAUAUCUGGAGGAGUGGGUGGAGUGCUUCUUCGACGGCUCCGCCCGGACGCAGGAAGUUGUGACGCGCAUGGUGCUUGAUGGGUCUAUCGCGCUGUGUGACAAGGUGGAUAUUGCCGAGCCGCAUGGGGCCGCGGACAGGAAUGGGAAUAAUGCAUCCGCGGCGGCGGUCGCGCUGGGCGCGAGGCGGGCAUGGCGGGCGGCGGCGCUUGAAGACCUUCGGAGCAUUGGCAUUGCGUGCUGAGUGCUGAAGGACAUAGUGUUGAUGCUGCUGGCCUGAGUCUGAGGCUUUGAGCUUUACAGGCAGUUGGUGCGUUUGGAGCACCGUAGGUUUGGGAUCCCGUCGGUGCCUGAUGCGAGCAUCGCUUAUAGACUGGGUGACCCCUGAUCCGUUGUGAGCGAAUGGAUGUAUAGCUGACGUGAGUUUAAUGCACAAGUGCUACCGUAUUGUACUUGGUGGUAAAAUGGCACAUCCUGACUUCUUUCAUUGUAUGGCAUGCACAGCACUUCGGAUGCAUGACUGGGUGGUGACUAGUACCGUACAUUCCUACAUUCCUACAACAAAACGUUGCUGGUUUCGGGAUCCAGAUUGAAAGUGUCCGUAUGUCUACUUGUCGCUGGCAUCACCACAUAGCCUUUCAUAAUGCGUCAUAAUGUCCCGCAGUAUGAAUAAUGUGCGAUACCGUAUCAUCGUGAUAAACAUAUACCCACCGUAUCCACAGCGCCGGUUUCCCGUGUCAGAUAUGGCGUGUGACCGGACGUGGCACGGUCCGUGUCCGUCAGGCUGCCUGUGUGUAUCAGAGUUGUGAGGCUGAGGCCGAUUAAAUAAGGGCUGUUACAGACGUCAUAAGUUGACGUGCCGGUUGUGUCGUCUGGAGGUGUGGCGAGCUGAGAGCGUCAAUGAGUUUGGGAUAGAGCGCCAAUGAGUUGGGAUAGAGCGUAUCCACGAUGGGCUGCCAGGUGCGCUUCCGCGCGCCCCACUGAUGCGUCGCCGCCAGCUCGAAACGGCCUUAGCUGUUUCAAGCUCUUUGGUACUACCUGCCGGUUAGCGGCUCCACGAAUUGACUAGUAAGCACAAAGCGCAACGAGCAGACUCCCACAUUGCUUGUAAUGCGCCGAGGUU